AUGGCUUUCUGUGGGUCUGCGGUGCUGGGCUUUCUUCUCCCUUGCUCGUGAAGCCCCAUUUCAAACAAAGCAACGUGCGCGCCCUGCCGCGUGGGGAUGGGUGUGGAGCGGGGAGGGAAACGGCCCGGCUUCUGUGAGAGGAUGCAAAGGAAAAGGCGGCGGCAGCAGCGCUGAGGCAAGCCUGGCCAAGGAACCCCUCUUCCCCGGCCAGCUCCGCAGCCGCUCCGUCGCACAGCCUGGGCUCUGCCGCUGUCACUCCCCGCCAGCCCGCGGCGCGCGCCUGCCCGGGACCAGGCGGUGCUCGAACGCAGCCCGGGAGGAGCCUCGCGCCCCCUCCUCGCCUGGCGCAGGUGGCGGUGGCGGCGGCGGCGGCGUCUCAGUGAGCGAGAGAGAGCGAGCGCAGCCGCCCGCCCCAGCCGGGCUCAUCAGGCGCGCGCUCCUGCCGGAGAGGGGAGGAGAAGGGAGCGCAGCGGCAGCUGUGACUGUAUCGUCUCCAGCCACAGCCGGCGGCGGAUGUGCCAAGCAGCAGCCGCUGCCCCGGAACGCCGCUGCUGAGCCUGGCAGAGCCCCGGAGGAGGGGGGAGGAAGCCACAGACUGAUCCAGAGACUUUGCCUCCCUAGAAGAGGCGGUGGAUGUGGAGCCAGCCGCUCCCCUCGCAGCCGCCGCCGCCACCAGGCAGUUGUCCCACGGCAGUACCACAACACAAAGCGAAGGAUGCUGCAGCUGGGCAAGGUCAGGACCUUGCACUGAAGCCCGGGGGCGCCGCACACACCUUCCCCACCGGAUUGAGGAUUUGCCUUUUAUUUGCUGUGUAUGCCUGGGAAAAAGCAGGCAGGGUCGACGCCGUUCGGAGCUAUGCCUGUGCCAGACCAGCCCUCAUCUUCUGACAAGACAAGUUCCCUUAGCCCUGUGCUGAAUACAUCCAAUGGGGACGGUUCUGAAACAGAGACAACCUCUGCUAUUCUAGCUUCAGUUAAGGAACAGGAGCUGCAGUUUGAGAGACUGACUCGAGAACUUGAGGCUGAACGCCAGAUUGUAGCCAGCCAACUGGAGAGAUGUAAGCUUGGAUCAGAGACUGGAAGCAUGAGCAGCAUUAGUUCAACAGAAGAGCAGUUUCAUUGGCAAACGCAAGACGGUCAGAAGGAUAUAGAGGAUGAGCUCACAACUGGUCUCGAGCUGGUGGACUCCUGUAUUAGAUCACUGCAGGAGUCAGGAAUACUUGAUCCACAGGACUAUUCAACUACUGAAAGGCCCAGCCUUCUAUCCCAGAGUGCACUUCAGCUCAAUUCCAAACCUGAAGGGUCUUUCCAGUAUUCAGCGAGCUACCAUAGCAACCAGACCCUUGCCCUGGGUGAAACAGCAACAUCACAGCUCCCAUCCCGCAGCAGUCAAGCCAGAGCUGCCAUUCAGAGCUACAGCCAGGGCACAACUAGUCGAGCAGCCCAUUUAGCUGGAUCUGAACCUUCUCAGUCAAGAGAGUCCUUUGUGCCAAGCCAUGGGAGCGCGUUCCAUUUGCCUGAUUCCCAGCAUUCUUCUACCCUUUAUUACUCCAGCUCCACUCUGCCAGCCCAGAGAGUGAGCUCCCCGCUGUCCAUGCAGCAGGUGGGCUCUCCAACCAAGCUCCAGCGGGUGGGUUCAGCAUCGGAGAGCGCUGGAUACAGCACCACGCAGCGGGUCUCUUCUCCCAAGCAGUCUCCAAGCCGGCUAGCCAAGUCUUACAGCACCAGCUCACCAAUCAAUAUUGUUGUGUCUUCAGCUGGACUUUCUCCUUCCCCAAUUCGUGUGACGUCUCCACCCACCAUCCAGUCUAAUAUUUCCUCCUCUCCUAUACAUCAGCUAAGCUCCACCAUUGGCACUUAUGCUACUCUGUCUCCUACCAAACGGCUGGUCCACACAUCAGAUCAGUACAGCAAGCAUUCCCAGGAACUAUAUGCCACUGCUACACUACAGAGACCUGGCACCCUAGCAGCUGGGUCUCGGGCAUCUUACAGCAGCCAGCACAGCCACCUUGGCUCUGAAUUAAGGGCACUGCAGUCUCCAGAGCACCAUAUAGAUCCUAUUUACGAAGAUAGAGUGUAUCAGAAGCCCCCUAUGAGGAGUCUCAGCCAGAGUCAGGGGGACCCUCUGCAACCAGCACAUACAGGCACUUACCGCACUAGCACGGCCCCAUCUUCCCCUGGUGUCGACUCCGUACCCUUACAGCGCACAGGCAGUCAGCACGGCACACAGAACGCAACAUCGACCUUCCAGAGGGCCAGCUAUGCUGCAGGCCCAGCCUCCAAUUACGCAGACCCCUACCGACAGCUGCAGUAUUGUCCUUCUGUUGAAUCACCAUACAGCAAAUCUGGGCCAGCCAUCCCACCUGAAGGGACCUUGGCUAGGUCACCUUCCAUUGAUAGCAUUCAGAAAGAUCCCAGAGAGUUUGGAUGGAGAGAUCCAGAACUUCCUGAAGUUAUACAGAUGUUACAGCAUCAGUUCCCUUCAGUACAGUCCAAUGCUGCAGCCUACUUGCAGCAUCUCUGUUUUGGAGACAAUAAAAUAAAAGCAGAGAUAAGAAGACAAGGAGGAAUACAGUUACUGGUGGACCUGUUGGAUCAUCGAAUGACAGAAGUCCACCGUAGUGCCUGUGGAGCUUUGAGAAACUUGGUGUAUGGGAAAGCAAAUGAUGACAACAAAAUUUCUCUGAAAAACUGUGGUGGUAUCCCAGCAUUAGUACGCUUGCUCCGCAAGACUACAGAUUUGGAAAUCAGAGAACUGGUCACAGGAGUUCUCUGGAAUCUAUCCUCGUGUGAUGCACUGAAAAUGCCAAUCAUCCAGGAUGCCCUUGCAGUGUUGACUAAUGCAGUGAUCAUCCCUCACUCGGGAUGGGACAACUCGCCCCUCCAGGAUGAUCACAAAAUACAGCUCCAUUCAUCACAGGUGCUGCGCAAUGCCACUGGGUGCCUAAGGAAUGUCAGCUCUGCUGGAGAGGAGGCCCGCAGAAGAAUGAGGGAAUGUGAUGGACUUACUGAUGCAUUGCUAUACGUGAUUCAGUCUGCUCUUGGGAGCAGUGAAAUUGAUAGCAAGACCGUUGAAAACUGUGUAUGCAUUUUGAGGAACCUCUCAUACAGGCUUGCUGCAGAAACGUCUCAGGGACAGCAGAUGGGAACAGACGAACUCGAUGGGUUACUGUGUGGUGAUGCUAAUGGCAAAGAUACAGAGAGUUCAGGUUGUUGGGGCAAGAAGAAGAAGAAAAAGAAAUCCCAAGAUCAGUGGGAUGGAGUAGGACCUCUUCCAGACUGUGCAGAACCACCAAAAGGAAUCCAGAUGCUGUGGCACCCUUCAAUAGUCAAACCCUACCUCACACUUCUCUCUGAGUGCUCAAAUCCAGACACACUGGAAGGAGCAGCAGGUGCACUGCAGAACUUGGCUGCAGGAAGCUGGAAGUGGUCAGUGUAUAUCCGUGCUGCCGUCCGCAAAGAAAAAGGCCUGCCGAUCCUGGUGGAGCUACUUCGAAUAGACAAUGAUCGCGUGGUAUGUGCAGUUGCUACAGCUUUACGAAACAUGGCCUUAGAUGUCAGAAAUAAGGAGCUAAUAGGCAAGUAUGCCAUGCGGGACCUGGUCCACCGACUUCCAGGAGGUAACAACAGCAACAGUUCAGCAAGCAAGGCCAUGUCGGAUGACACCGUUACUGCCAUUUGCUGCACUCUGCAUGAAGUCAUCACUAAAAACAUGGAGAAUGCCAAGGCCUUACGGGAUGCAGGAGGCAUUGAGAAGCUGGUUGGCAUUUCCAAGAGUAAAGGAGACAAGCACUCACCAAAAGUGGUGAAAGCAGCAUCUCAGGUCCUAAAUAGCAUGUGGCAGUACAGAGACCUGAGAAGUCUCUACAAGAAGGAUGGAUGGUCACAGUAUCACUUUGUAGCCUCAUCUUCAACAAUAGAGAGGGAUCGGCAAAGACCAUACUCUUCAUCACGCACGCCCUCCAUCUCUCCAGUGCGCAUGUCUCCUAAUAAUCGCUCAGCAAGUGCCCCAGCCUCACCUCGGGAAAUGAUCAGUCUAAAAGAAAGGAAAACAGACUACGAAUCAACUGGAACAAAUGUCGCUUACCAUGGUAAUAAAGGAGAACACACUUCCAGGAAAGACACCAUGACAGCUCAAAAUGCUGGAAUCUCAACUUUGUACAGGAAUUCUUACGGUGCACCUGCUGAAGAUAUCAAACACAACCAGGUUUCAACACAGCCAGUUCCACAGGAGCCCAGUAGAAAAGAUUAUGAACCGUAUCAGCCGUUUCAGAAUUCGACAAGAAACUAUGAUGAGUCCUUCUUUGAGGAUCAAGUGCAUCAUCGCCCACCUGCAAGCGAAUACAACAUGCAUCUGGGACUAAAAUCCACUGGCAACUAUGUCGACUUCUAUUCAGCUGCUCGUCCCUAUAGUGAACUUAACUAUGAAACAAGCCACUAUCCAGCUUCUCCAGAUUCCUGGGUUUGAGGCUUGGGCAAGACACAAAUGCUCCAGGAACUGUGCAUGUGCAUGCAUACCACAAGACAUUUUUUUCCCUGCAAAUUUAGUUUGUUAAAGCCUGUUCCAUAGGAAGGCCCUGAUAACCAGUGUGGGAAAUUUAAGAUAUUUUAGAAGGCUAAAAGAAAUGAAAGUUAAACAUGGAAGUCAUUAGAAAGAUAAAGAUAUAUAUAUAUAUAUAUUACAGUGUGGGACAACUUUACUGUUGGCCUAUAGAGUCUAAAACAAUGGUGCUGUACACUGAAUGUGGCUGAAGGAAGGAGGGUGAAUAUGACAGUGGAUGUGGGUCAAGAGUUAAGCACAAGACACUAAGCAGUUUACAUACUUUAUGGGGAACAGCUUCUCACACUUUGUUUGAUAUCCUUAUUCAUUGUGAAUCUAGGCUUCAAGUUGCAUUUGGGGUUUCCUCUGUACAGCAAGAUGUUUCUUGCCUUUUGUUAAUGCAUUGUUGUAAAGUAUUUGAUGUACAUUACAGACAAAAAAAACCAAGUGCAUUGUGUAUAUUACACCAAUGCCACAGUGUUUCUUCAUCUAUGGUUCUAAAUAUUGCUUCAAUUUCAAAAUUUUGAAAGAUGUAUGAAUUUCCAGUUUUUUUGUUUUCUUUUCCCCAGUGCGUUUUAACAACAACAACAAAAAGGAAUAUUUAGCAGUAUUGUUCGUUCUGAUAUGUGAAUUUGUUUGUGGCAACUAAAAAAAAAAGGCAUUCAGCAGUUUCUGACAAUUAACAUUCAUCAUUCCACUCUCCUUGUCAACAAAGUGCUUUUUCACUGCCUAAAAUUUUAGAUGUAGAUAUUUGAAAUAGAUUUUUCAUUUAUACCAGUUUUCUUUAUGAUGAUACAGUGUUAAAAGAAAAUAAAUUACAAUUGAUCUGUCAUCCAUAUUUGCUAAGAAUGUCUAUUUCCAAGCACCUAUCAUAAAAAUACACAUUCUUGCUUGUGUGUGUCCAUGUAUGCAUAAUAUUCUGUGUGCGUGUGUGUGUGUGUGUGUGUGUGUGUGUGUGUGUGUGUGUGUGUGGUAUAAGAGUUAUUUUCAUCUGCUGUUCUCCUUGUUCAAGCUUAAAUUUUUUUACAGUGGAAACUCCAGUAUGUAUUUUUCCUCAUCCACUAUGGAUAGUGAGUCAAAAUAUUAGGACAGUUCCAAGUGGAGUUAUAGGGUUUUAACCCAUUCCUUCAUUCUUAGAUGCCAUUCCCUUCAAGAUCCCAUCCCUCAAUAUUGUUACCAUGAAGAAAAAUCUCAACCUAGUCUGUAUUGCCAUCCUAGGACCACCCACUAGCAAGUGCUACAGGCAGAAGCAGUGUAAUCUCUUCAUGCUCCUGAGGGAGAGAGAACAUCAAAGCACAACAGGCUAGCACGGUUGGUUCUUAAAUCUGGACAAGGACCCAGCACUGAGAUACUGGCACAGGCAUUUUUCUUUUAAUCAUACCAAAAAUAUUCAUUAGAUAUAAAAACCAUUGACCAUUUCUGUACAUUUAAAAACUCAGAUAAAAAAUGGAACUGAUAAGAGCUAGAAUGAGCUUUUUUAUUAUUUUUUCCCCAAAAAAUGUGGAGCAAUGAACGGAGAUACUUUUAUCUUCAUUCAUCUACAGCUUGGAAGUAAAAAAUUUGAAUCCACAAUAUACAGUAUUCAUAUCAUUCAACUAACUGCAAUGCACAGUCUUGACACAACUAGAUCCAAUACAAAUGAAAUAUUUGUAAAUUAGUGAAGCUUCAGCACAUAGUUUGGUUUAGGGAUACAAACAUUUCUGUGAUUACUCAUUGUAAUAGUCUCAGCAUUGCCUGAAUUAUACCCCAGAGGCAGGAAAAACUUUCUCAAAUCCUUAUCUGUAUUACAGAGCAAAAAUAGUACAGGUCACUGGGGCAAGUGUUGUGAUGUAGACAUGGUUUAUCAGUAAUCUAGCACUGUAGUUGAAUCUUUCUGGCAAAUCUUCCCAGUGUAUGAUAAGCAACCUUAGCUCUUCUUUGUAGUAAACAGGAAAAAUUGCAUGGAAAAAAAAGGAGGGAGGGGCACUGUAGGCCAAAUGUAUAUUGAGGUAGCUACAAAUAUUAUUCAUAAUUUUGGACACAGGCUGUUUAUAUUUUCUUUAUUAAGUGGGUGUUAAAAAGAUAAGUGACAUUUGCAGCACUCUUCUGAACAAAGCACAUUUUCAGUAUAAAGAAAAU